AUCUCACAGUGCCUUGUGGCAGUACCUGGUGCAUUAUGGCCUCUGCAGGACUUCAGAUCUUGGGUGUCUUUCUGGCAUCGAUUGGCUUUGUUGGAGACAUAAUUGUUUGCGCACUGCCGAUGUGGAAGGUGUCUGCUUUCAUUGGAAACAACAUUGUGACAGCACAGGUGUUCUGGGAGGGCCUCUGGAUGAACUGUGUCAAGCAGAGCACUGGGCAGAUGCAGUGCAAGGUCUACGACUCCAUGCUUGCUCUCCCCCAAGAUCUACAGGCAGCUCGGGCUCUGGUUGUGAUCUCCAUCUUGAUUGCUUUCAUGGGACUCCUGCUUGCCAUCGCAGGAGGAAAUUGCACCAACUGCAUUGAAGAUGAGAGUGCCAAGAGUAAGAUAGCCAUUGCUGCAGGGGUGGUGUUCAUUGUUGGAGGCAUCCUCUGCCUCAUCCCUGUAUCCUGGUCUGCUAACGAAGUAAUCAGGACCUUCUACAACUCCAUUAUAAGUGAAGCACAGAAGAGGGAGCUUGGAGCAUCACUGUUCAUUGGCUGGGGCUCAGCUGGACUCCUGAUCAUUGGAGGAGCCCUCCUUUGUUGUCAGUGCAAGCAGCAUAAGGAUAGUGGAUACUCUGUCACAUACUCUGCUCCACACAGAGCAGCAAGUGGAGGCGCAUAUGUUUAAAAUAUCUGCAAGUGGUUGUGAAGGCUGAACAGUCUGCUUUAGAGAACUGAACUAAACUGUUUUCUAAGAAAUUGAUUAAGUAUUUU